AUGGAGAAGCAUGGAGUUGACCUCAACACUCUCAAGCAGUGUCUCAUGUUCCUGCAGUGGUUGAAAACGGAUGAGAGUAAGCUUGAAGAGGUGUCCCGGUAUCUGCAUGGGCGUAUUAAAAACUAUUUUGAACCUUCAUUUGGUUCAGAGCACAACGUUAAAGAGGGCUUGCGCCCAUUCCUCACUGCCGUGUCAGAGUUCUAUACGAGAUUGUGCCACAAAGCAGAGGCAGGCAGUUAUGGAAACAAAACCACGGACCAAAUCGCCGACGCCCUCCUUGACUGUGUCCCUAAAUUCCUCGCUGCGAUCUACUAUCUGUGGUAUUGCGUGGAUCCUAGUUUCGUGUCACUUGGCGGGGGCGGGUGGCAGAAGGACUGGCCCGGGUACGGUGAGCGAUCUUGGCAUGGUGAUUGGGGCGGUGAUCUUGAUAGGUAUCUCAGAGCGCAGCGUACCAGUGAUAAGUACGGCGACAUGAUACCCGGUGGGUUCAUACAAGGCGAAGUGAAAUAUAGAGAAUUUUGGAAAGGUUACUACCAGGGUUAUAACAUGGCUGAUGACAUUCAAAAGAUUCUGAAAAAGCAACCGUACAAUUUCUUCCGCAGCGUGUUUGUGAGUUCGGUUUUCUCCAACAAUAGUGGCACCGCUAUGCAAAACACUGCGAACGCUGUCUCAUUGGUCAGAACCUUUUGCGAUAUUGUUCUAGGGGAGGAAGGUCAAGAAGGCGGAGAGUUAAUACAUGCAUUGAAUGACGGUUUACGGCAGCAAGUGAGUUCAACAGAGAAUUCCAUCUGUUGGAAAGACCUAAAAGAUCAUUGCGCUCAGCUUAGGAAGAAAUUUGAUACAUUUUUCGAACAGAAUAAACGCUUCGAUUUCACCGGACAGUCGAUUGGACUUAAUAGGCUUCAGACAAAGGAGCUUGCGAAGGAAACUGCGAAAUGGAUGAGAAUGUAUCUGAACAAAGUGCGGGGGAAAUUGACGGAAAUUGAUACAGAUGACAGCAUCAUGAAAACACCCGCAAAAGAUCUUGGCGCAUACUUCACGAAAAACCUCUUCCCCUACGGGUUCACGUUUAAUGGACAAAGUCGGUUCCAUAUGCAGGGCAACAACUUAAACGGAUUGAAAACAGAUUGGCGUGAUGUGAUCAACGAGUUUAAGAGAAGUGACGGCGAUUUGGAUAGGCUUGUUGAGAUUUUAAAUGGUAAGAAUAAAACAUUGUGUCCACUAGAUGAGCCCCCCAAGGAAGUAGUGCCGGAGAAGAAAGUUCCGGUUGCGCCGCCUAAAAAGCCUGAGGCCCCGCCUGCCAAGGUUCCUGAAGCCCCCAAGGAGGUGGUGCCAGAAAAGAAAGUUCCCGUUCCAAAAAGACCCGAGGGAGCACAGAACCAGGGCAAGAAAGCGGAGAGUUCUCCAACUCCCAAUAAUGGCCAAAGUGAGGGAAGUUCUCCAACUUCACCAGGUGGAGAUGCUGUCUCACAUCCGCCUUCCGGUGAUCAAGGAGCUUCAGGCCCGCGAGGGCCUACGAUGUUUCCUCAGGUUCCAGGUUCACCAGUUCAAAAUACUGAUCAGACUCAACAGGCUCCACCUCAACCCCCGCCAGCUCCUCCCCCUCUUCCUGGAGCCGCUGGCUCCGAUGGCCAGCCAGGUGUCAAGGCUCUGGGCCAACUGGUGGUAAGGGGACUAGUCAUCCAGGUGGUGGAGGGGCUGGGCAAGACGCCGGCCUAG